GAGAAGCACCUCUAGUCGGAGUCCUGUUCAGGUAUUCAAAGCUGCUGGUUGAGCUGUGGAAGAAAACUGAAAUAAAUUGAGAAUAACUGGCAUCACGUGGUCGCGCACGUCCGGUUAAUGGGGGUUUACGUGCGCGCGUACAAAACAAACGAGUUACAAAAGCAGCCCCUCUCCAGCGGGGUGGGCGCACAACUUCAGCCCCGACGUCCCCGGACCUUCACAGGAGGUUUACGAGAGAGAGAGAGUUGAGGGAAACUCCGACCAGUUGUUCGGCGUCGGUCUGCUGGUGCGCGUUUGGAUCAGAGGAAAGUUCACUAAUGGUAUUUUAACUUGAAGCCACGUUUUGGUCGCACCGCGCAGGAUUCAAUUAAGGAUUUUCCUCACACUGAGCAGCAGCUGUUGCCUCAAAGCGGCUUAGGAGCGGGAGAGAUGACGGUGGCAUCAGUUUACAUGUUUGGAUGAAGGCGCUGAGUUUGUGUUCUGGUCAAUCUGUCUCAAUGAAGAGUCUCUAACUCGGGCUGACUCGGGGUCCCGGAGCCGAAGCCCCCCGCCCCGUCCCCCUCCUCCCUCACAGGACGCAGGGAACCGUGAACCCCAGCGGCUCGCCGGAAUGGUGCGCCUGUUGAACUGCCUGCUGCUGGGAUAUCUGACCUGGAAUCUGCGGAUAUCGGACGCUCAGGGAGAGUACUGCCACGGCUGGCUGGACUCUAAUGGGAAUUAUCAUGAGGGCUUUCAGUGUCCGGAGGACUUUGACACCAUGGACGCCACAGUGUGCUGUGGCUCCUGCUCUCUGCGCUACUGCUGCGCGGCCGUGGACGCGCGACUGGACCAGGGCAGCUGCACCAACGACAGGGAGGUGGACAACACCGAGUUCGCGGCGCAGCCCAUCUACGUGCCCUUCCUGAUGGUAGGAAGCAUCUUCGUCUCCUUCAUCGUGGUCGGCUCGCUGGUGGCCGUCUACUGCUGCACCUGUCUGCGGCCCAAGCAGCCCACCCAGCAGCCCAUCCGCUUCUCCCUGCGUAGCUGCCAGGGCGAGACCAUCCCCAUGAUCCUCACCACCGCUCCACCCAGCCUCCGCGCGCCCUCGCGACAGUCCAGCACGGCCACCACCAGCUCCAGUUCGGCCGGAGGGGGCAGCUCCAUGCGGAGGUUUUCCCUCGGAGGUCAGGGGCAGCAGCAGCAGCAGCAGCAGCCGCACGGCUGCCUGGUGUCAGCCACCAUCUCCUCGUCGGCCUCCACUCCCGCCCAGACCCCUCAGACUCUGCCUCCGCCUCCGCCUCCCCCGUACACGUCUCCACCCAUGGCAGGAGGCAUCCAGCAUCCUUCGACCCACACCCAGCUGCAGCUCCACCAGCCCUCCAUGCCCCCGCACCCCUCUCAGAGCUUCCUCCUGCCCCAGCAGUACUUCUUCCCCCUGCAGCCGGACGCCUUCACAGCGGCCAAGGGCUUUGCCGACUUUGGACAGAGCUGACAGGGCUCCCAGCAGGGGAAACGGGAGAGAUUACAAGAUUUUUAGAGGGCUGGCGAGGAUAAACACAGGGCAACUCAGGUGGCGGAGGGAAAGGCCCGGCCGAUGAACGCAGACAGGAGGACCAGGAGUAAAGCUCGGUCGGACAGCGUGACCUGAAGCGCUCCCCUAUCUGCAACACAGGACGCAUGAACAACCUGAUAGGGGCAGCGAAAUUCAGAAUGUGAUGCACUUUUCUAUCAUAAACAGAUCUCCGUGGCGUACAUUUAUUUUUUUAUACAUGAUCGCGAGGUUGGAAGUUUCCAGAUGAAGAGCAGAUAUGACUGUUACUGCUGAGACUCUGCUGAACAUUGUUAUUAGAAGCAUAUUAGGCUCUGGAAACCAGGGGAUUAUGUUUUUUUGACAAUCGAAAAGGCCUUGUAAGGAUUUUAUUUUGGAGGAAUUGUGGAUUUUCUAAAAUGUUGUACAGGUAUUCUUCCCAGAUCAGGGUUGUCAUAUUCGUUCUCUAAUUUACAGCAAAUAAAUGUCAUCUCAGUAA